UCGGCGGUGCGGACAGAGCAGCGGGUGGCCGUUGCCCCCAGCGGCACCAUGCUCGGUGUGGUGCACUUCCUUCGCAGCUUCUUCAAGACUCCAGAAUCGGAUGCACCCCCUCCAGGGGAAGGUGAGAAUGAAGAUAACCAAUUCCACCCAUCCCCUGAGGACUCAGAGGAACAGGAAUGGCGCCAGGAAGUAGACCCUGAGGAUUUUGAGACACUGUCCCACAAGAGUGAAAGUCUAUCAGACACAAAAACAGACCCGUUUGAGAGUGCUUCUGAUGCAGAGUCCCUGCCUGGUGACCUCACAGGUGGACUCUGCAGCUCUCCAUGUGGCCUCUCUGCAGGUAGAGAAGCAGGCUGGGGGUGCCCCGAUGGCUCAGCGGGUAGAUUUCCUCAAGGACAGCAUUUGGCUGGUGUUGAAGGGCUCCAGACAGAGGAAGACCUGGAUUUGCUCUCAGGCUUAAAGGAAGCUUCUCACCAAAGUAGAUUGCACACGCCAGCGGCUGCAGCAGCUGGAAAGUGGAAUGAAGAAAGUCUUUGUGACUGUGUGACCAGCUUGGUGGGGAAGUCAGUGCCAGUGGCAGAGUCACUCUUACAGAGUGCCACCACCAACAGCAGGGGUCCCCGGCUGCAAAAGGCCAGGUCUAGGGGCUAUCUGGAUGUCCCUGUGGUCUGGCCCUGUCUUCUUGAGCACUGUAAACUCGGUCAGAGCUGGCCACACAUCCACAGCCAGGCUGGGGCAGCAGAGCGACCUCAUAUAGGCCCACAGGACAAUGAAUUCCCUCUGUGGAUCAGGACAAAGAAGGGGCCUGCGCCCAGGCCCCCAGUGGGCACAGAUGUACUCUGGGCUCAUUCCUGCUUGGAUGUUGCCAGCCAGCCAAGACUGGGCACACUUUGUCUCGUAGACACUAAGUGUCAUAAUAGUGUCCCAGAAAAUCUUGGUGCCGAUGGCAAGACACCCCAAAGAUUCCCCUGCCAGCAUGAGAAGACUCUGGCUAGGGCUCAUUCUGUAGCAGCAUUUCCUUUGGCUUGCCUUAAGGAGCCUUUGAAGUGGAAAUGUGUAACAUUUGAGCCCUACCUAAGGGAAGGAACAGAACUAGAACCCAGUCACCCCAUAAUUCCUAACACCCUCUCCCCUGGGCCCACCCAGUUGUCUUAUUCACCUUUCACUGCUCCAAGCAGAGCCCCUCCUUCGCAGGGUGAGCACAAGCUAAGUGACUGUAGCUUUAAAAGGGCAUCUCAAGACACACCCUGUGUAGGUCUCCCACUGGAAAACCAGGUAGAACAGGCUUCUAGGUCAUGCCCAGACCCUUCCCACCUUACUUCAGAACUGCUGAAGCUUGGCAGCCAAGAGGAAGUGCCUGGACCAGCUGAAUGCAAGCCAGGACACAGCCCAGAAAGCAGCCCGGUGGAGCCUGAAGAUUUGCACCCUGGUGAUGCUAUCGGUAAACAAAGGUGCCUGCAAAACAUCCUUGCCAAGACAGGAAACCAGACCAAGACCUACUCAUCAAAGUGCGUUCUCAAUGAGGAGAGAAAGCCGCCUGAUAGGGCCUUCCCCUUCCCACAUUGCUGCAGCCACGGUGAGAUAGCUGUGUGGAACAAAAGGCUAGUGGUUUCCCCAGAAGUGAAUUAUAGCGCCUACGCCCCAAAGAGCACCCUGCGAUCAAGUGUAAUUGGUGCUUCAGAUGCGGCAGAAGAGGCAGCGGUUCUAGACCCCCAAUGCAGGGGAAAUGCGUUGCAGAGUCUUUUGGAUUUCCCAACAGUCGAAAGAACUUGCUGCCGUCCUGGGGAUGAGUGUGCGCAGGGAACCAGGGAUGGCCGGGAGCCUCUCACUUCUGGCCAGCAGCAGGUGCCCAAAGUACAUGGGGCCUGUAAGCACAGCUGCAAACUCACUAUGAUAGCAGUCAAGCAAGAACGCAAACAGACCUCCACAAGGAAGGCCUGCUGUCGUCUAGAAUCACAGUUCCGUGAUUUCCCGGAGGAAAGACCUCAGUUUCCACAAGGUACAGGCAUCACAGCUUAUGAGUCUCCCAGGGCCCCAGAAAUGCCUAUGUACGGCAGUGAGCGUGAACUGCAAGGAUGCCCGGCAGCAGGGCCGGAUGAUGGCGCUCCUCAGUUGCUGGCCCAAGGCAUAGAGUUUGUGAGAGCUCUGGUCCCCAGGGCUGCUUCAGAUGACACCCUGAGCUCGGAAGAUACUCUGGAGGAGAAGCAGCUUGGGGAAACCUCGCGCCUGGAGUCUGAGUGUGUACACUCCGGCUUGGGCAUCCAUCCUGAGGGGAGCCAGGAGUCACCCAGCCCAGAACUCAGACAAGGAGAGUGUACUACAGACGUUGCGGAGGAUGCAGAAGUCUCCAGUGCAUGGGCUGUCGAAAUAGAGGUCCUCCAUUCAGGAGUCCUGGCUUCCGCCCAAGUCGCAAGGCAGCAGUUCCAGGGACUUUGCAGCCAGCUUCAGCGGGGUGCACAGGAGUCAGAGCAGCGCCCUGCCUUUCUCCAGAUGACCCCUUUAAGAACUGACGGGUCCUGGUCUGGGAAAAGCUCCAGAGGGGACAUACUCUGCAGCCCGGUCUUGACCUCAGAGGGCCUGAACCCGGCUUGCUCCAGCCCCGAGGAAGGUGUGCCCCAGAGUCCAUGGUUUGCAGCCUGCCAGGUGGAGCCUCCUAUGCACCACCACGUGCACCAGAGCAGGUCUCUGGAGACCCAUUCUGUUGGUGCACAGCGAGAGAUUCAAGAGGGGACACUAGGGGAUCUCGGUGGCGAAGGACCUUCCUUAGAAAAUGGCAACAUCAAGAGACUAAAAACAACAGAAAGCAAGAUCAGGGCAAGGCUGGCCUUAGCCCAUAAGACGUUUACCAAUUUUUUUGAGUCCAAAGCCACAGAGAAAACAAAUGCUGGCUCUGUCAAAGGCGAGAAAGAGAAACGCAGACGAGGCCAGAGUUCCUGGCGCACAUUUCUGAGAAGCAAGGAUGUGGAAGGCUCCAAAAGGCCCUCUUUGGGGAGUGGUGUUCCAGGACCAGACUUUCCGGAACUCCUCCGCUCUUCCCCACCAGCAACCAGAGGCGACCGUGAUGAGUGGACAGUUAGCACGGACAGCCGCGUGUGUGUGGAGUCCUGGACACCCUUACAGUCUCCUGCAACUCCGCCUUCUAGCUGUCUGGCUUCUCCGGAAUACCGGAGGAAAAGUGAACCAACCAUAAAACGCACUGCUACCCAGGAAAGCAGGAGGUACCUCUCCUCUGGGAUCAUCCCAGAGCCGCCCUGGCUGACUUCCCCCACCAGCCCUCCAGCCCAGCACACUGGCAUUGGUGGUACACUCCCCUGCAGCUCUGCCUGCCACUUGGUCUAUGAAAUCCAAGACAUGCCCUGCAGACCCACAAGCCCCAAGCCCACGAGUCCCAUGCCUGGGGCUCAGAGAGUGGAUCUCUGCCUUGGGGGCUGGACUAGUGCAGCCUCCAUGGUCUCUCUUAGAAGCUACAGGGACGCUAACACAUGUUCAGAGGACUCAAAUCGGCCCAAGAGCAAGGCCAGGGCAAGCCUCUUACUUUCCCUGCAAACACUACAUCAGAACGGCCAGAAGGAAGACAGGGCAAGCAUGUGCCAGUGUCACCACAGCCUGGGCACAGCACCCUUCCUCAGGGACCUUCCUGGGAAUGAGAGCUACAGCGCCCUGAAAAAACCUCCAGACAAGAAGGCCGGUUCGUCCUGUGAUCAGAGAACUUCUUACGCAGAGCCUCCUCAGCGGCUGGUAUCUGCCACUGAAGUAGUGACAUGGGCCCCACCCUCCAUCUUCACAGAGCAAGUCCCCAGAGAGGGCCUUUCACAGCUCAGGAGGGCCCCUCGGCACUCCCAUUUCAGCUUGGAUGACCUGUGGAUAGAAAAGACUCAGAGGAGGAAGCUGGAGAAGCAGAUGCAGCUUAGAAAAAAGAUGGGCACAGGGAUCAUGCACGUGGACCAAGCUCAGUGCUGGAAGAAGACACUCACCACCUCGCCAGAGUCUCUGCACCUCCCUAGUAGAAGAAGCCACCUGCUCUCCCAGAGUGCCCCAGUGGGACUGGACUGCAGAUGCUGGCUGGAGCCGAUGCCUGAUACCGGGAUGCCGGAUGGAACUCUGGACACGGUGUGCGCAGAGGAAACAGGCAGUGAGGAAGACCUGUAUGAAGAGCUUCACAACUCGGGGCACCACUACAGCCACCCCAGAGGAGGUGGAGAGCAACUAGCCAUCAACGAGCUCAUUAGUGAUGGCAGUGUGGUAUGUGCCGAAGCCCUGUGGGACCAUGUUACCAUGGACGACCAGGAACUGGGCUUCAAAGCCGGCGAUGUCAUCGAAGUGAUGGAUGCCACCAACAGAGAAUGGUGGUGGGGCCGCGUCGCAGAUGGCGAGGGGUGGUUCCCUGCCAGCUUUGUACGGCUGCGGGUGAACCAGGAUGAGCCCGCGGAUGACUAUGAGGCCCCGCGGGCCGGGGCUGGAGAGGCCGACGACAACGUCCCAGAGGCCCAGAGCUGCAAGGACCAGAUGCGCACCAACGUCAUCAAUGAGAUCCUCAGCACUGAGAGGGACUAUAUCAAGCACCUUCGGGACAUCUGCGAGGGCUAUGUCCGCCAGUGCCGAAAGCGGGAGGACAUGUUCAGUGAAGAGCAACUGCGCACCAUCUUUGGGAACAUUGAGGACAUCUACCGCUGCCAGAAGGCCUUCGUGAAGGCUCUGGAGCAGAAGUUCAACACAGAGCGGCCACACCUGAGCGAGCUGGGUGCCUGCUUUCUGGAACACCAAGCAGACUUCCAGAUCUAUUCUGAGUACUGCAACAACCACCCCAACGCCUGUGUGGAGCUCUCCCGGCUCACCAAGCUCAGCAAGUAUGUGUACUUCUUCGAGGCCUGCCGGCUGCUGCAAAGAAUGAUUGACAUCUCCCUGGAUGGCUUUCUACUGACCCCUGUGCAGAAGAUCUGCAAGUAUCCCCUCCAGUUGGCGGAGCUGCUCAAGUACACACACCCCCAGCACAGGGACUUUAAGAACGUUGAGGCUGCCUUGCAUGCUAUGAAGAACGUGGCCCAGCUCAUCAAUGAACGGAAACGGAGACUUGAAAACAUCGACAAGAUUGCUCAGUGGCAGAGCUCCAUAGAGGACUGGGAGGGGGAAGAUCUCCUGGUCAGGAGCUCAGAACUCAUCUACUCGGGGGAGCUGACCCGUGUAACACAGCCUCAAGCCAAGAGUCAGCAGAGAAUGUUUUUUCUCUUUGACCGUCAGCUCAUCUACUGUAAAAAGGACCUGCUCCGCCGGGAUGUGUUGUACUACAAGGGCCGGCUGGACAUGGAUGACCUGGAGGUGGUGGAUGUGGAAGACGGGAAGGACCGUGACCUCCAUGUGAGCGUCAAGAAUGCCUUCCGUCUGUACUGUGGUGCCACGGGCGACAGCCACUUACUGUGUGCCAGGAAACCAGAACAGAAGCAGCGCUGGUUGAAGGCCUUUGCCAGGGAGAGGGAGCAGGUGCGGCUGGACCAGGAGACAGGUUUCUCCAUCACUGAGCUGCAGAGGAAGCAGGCCAUGCUGAACGCCAGCAAGCAGCAGGCCACAGGGAAGCCUAAAGCUAUCGGCAGGCCAGGCUACCUGACCCGCCACAAGCAUCCAUCCUUGCCUGCCAGCCGGCCCCAGCAGCAGGUGUUGGUGCUAGCAGAGCCCGCGGAAGCCAUCUCACUUCUGGCACAGCCUCAGCCGACUGGCACCUUUCCGGAAGUGAGCCAGCACCUAUCAGACAAUCUGACAGCACUUGGUGGAGCCAGCCUUCCCUCGAGGCCUACUCCAUCACGCCCUCUGCCUGGUUUGAAAAGUGGAAGUGAACGGGUAAAGCACCAGAGCUGUAUUAAGUCUGGGUCCCGCCUCUGGCCUCUUCCCCACUGCUAGUGCAGUGUUGGACGGGUACCAGCCUCUGCCUAUACUCUGGACCUGCGCAGGGCCUCCACCAUGGUGAGCCUGCAAGCCACAGCUCAGAACCACCACUGGCCAGGCUGUGCAAAUCGGGCUCAUCUGCUCUGGACGUUCUUUGGAAAGCUUAUCUCCACUCCUGUUUCCUCUGGGCAGGAGACCAAAGUCUGUGGCCAUGAGCCACUGCAAAAGCAGGUGUGUGCCCCUCUGCUCUUCAUUUGUCCUUCAGGCCCCCAGCCCACUUGCAACUUCGGAGGUCAGGAACCAGGAAUUCUGCACUCCUAACUCUACUCAUAGCUGUCCUUAUGCUUCCUGGCUCCUCUAGACACUGCUGGCUGCCAGACACCCUCUUUGUGACAUGUGCAAUGAGAAGAAAACCAUAGUCAGCCGUGUACUUGGUUCCAGGUUAGUGGCAGUUCCCUGUAGCUGGGGUGGCUGUACACAAACCCAGUCCCUUUUCAUUAUGAUUCUGUCGUGUUGUUUCUCUAACAAUGGAGAACUGUUAAUGACACAGAAAGAUUGCCUUACCUAGUGAGUGUGAGAAGCCAUAAGGACUGAAUUCUGUGGCCUAGCAUGGACUGACUCAUGGGGCACACAGCCAGGCCUGCAUAUCGUGCAGAGCCCAUAGGAUUCAGAAGCAUGGUCAGUUACUCUUGCACUGUACCUUCUCUAAUCCAGAAACCACAUUUAAUUUCAUAAAGAAACUUAAGAAAAGUAACCUGGCUGCUGAUCAAUUGUUGAUGUACGUGUGAAUUAUUUCCUCUUCCGUGUGCUGGCCCAUUCCUCCUGGGGCCUCAGCUACUCUGUUCUCAGCCUAGGGAAGUGUUGCUCAUGAGGCCACAGGCACAGGGCUCCUGGCAGAAGUGGGCUAAGCUACUGUAGACGCCCAAAGGGAGAAGGAGGAAAGCAAGUGAAAGAGCCACCGACAGCAGUGGGUACCCAGACUCCCUCCUAGCCCCUGGAGGAUCCAGGUAAUUGGCAUAUGUGAGCUAAGGGGAUGGGUGUGGUGGUAUUUCUGAGUCCCAGCAUCCUCCUCACUGAACUGAAGGACACGGGAGUUUAUGUAGAGAGUUACACAAGCCUCCACCUCCUACAUUACCCAGGAGGACCCCCUCCACUGAACACACAGCCUCACCCCAACCUGCUGGCAAUCUCCUGCCUGGGAGAAGUAGCAGCAUAUGCCAGUCAGGACAUCACCUCUGACAAAACUCACAAAAGAAAACAGAAUAUGCAACACAAGUCAAUCUUUAUUGAAAACUGCAGUAUUAAUACAUAACAAUUCCUGUUACAAUAAACGUGCUUUUAAGGAUUUUAAAUCUGAGCUCAUCUACUCAUCAGAUUGCAUAAAAAAUUAAAACAGUAUGAAUUUACAUUUAGUUGAACUGGCUCGGGAUGGACAGUCUGUCCAUUCCUAUUGUAUUGACACAUAAGUUCAAUGAAGAGGCAAGGGAUGCCUUUAACACUGGAAGACAAUGCCGACUUAAGCAUAAAAAAAGUACCAAGAAAACAGUGUAAAAAAGAUUAUUUAAAAAUAAAAGUUUAAAAAAAGAAGAACCUUUUCUUUCAGUCACAGCCUAUCAGGCUCCUUUGGGGCCUCCAGCUGCCACAAUAACCCUUCUGGGAGCCAGUCCCCAGUGUGACCUAACUGGUCUAUACUGCCCACAGUCUGCACCAGACCCACCCACAGCCUUUCCCUGGGAGCUGCCUGCUAUGCCAAUCAGGUCCUCGCAUCUCAUGUACAACUACGGCAGUUCCUAGACCAAAAAGCUGCUGCCUCCCAUCCCAUAAUUCUAGUAAGAUUUAUUCCACAGGUUUUCUGUUCUUCAAAUGAAGAUGGGUAGGGGGAAAGGAAUCCUAUAAGAUAUGGGGAACAAUUUUAACUAUUCCUACGAAACCAUAUUAUCCUUUCUGGGAAUCAGUCCAUCAAACGUCGAAGACUGGGCAGGAGAAGUAAUUCAAGAACUAUGCAAACCCGGGAGGUGCACUUGACAUGAGUAAGCUCCACACUCUACUGUUCAGCCAGCUGCCCUCCUGCCCUCCAGCAACCUUCAGAAAGCACCAGAGAAAAGGACCAGCAGCUGUAACUGCCACUGCACCCUAGGAGGUCCUGUGCCAUGCAGCAGUCCAGGUACACAACUACAGAUGUCAGCUGCCGAAUGAGAGGUGGUCCCACAGUAAUACUGUACUCCAAUACUCAGAAAGGAGAGCUGAGGAAAUCUGAAGCGGCACCAGUGUUUAAGGUUUAUGCCUGCCAGCCUCUCUCAACCACAGGCACACUCACUCACAAAGGCCCAAGUCAGAAGCCGGUGAGCUCAAAGAUCCCCAAUGAGAUUCCCCUCACUCUAGCAUAUCCCCAAAGAAACAUCCAUUACCCCUCCUGUUAGAAACACCACCUCCGCAAAACACUCAAUAGCUGCUCCCCAGAAUGUUGGUCAGCCAACCGCCACUCAAUGGUUCUUCCAAGGAAGACCACAAAACAGGAGACAAAAGUUCUGGAAGAGUGUACUCCUUCCAUGCCUGUAACCUCACUAGCCCAAUCCUGAUGGUGGCCUUACUUCUCAGGGAGCUCGCAGGUUCUUUAAAAACCCAACAGUGCUACUGAGCUUUAAACUACAAAUAGCAGCAGCAGAGGAAGGCAGCAGAGAAUAAACUUUAAAAAUUUAAAAAAAUUAAAAAAAAAAAACAAA